GCUGUCUAAUGCAGAAAUGCAGGUGGAUGGACUGGACUAGCAUCGUCUGUGUGCAAGGCACUGGGGGGAAAAAAAUACUGCGUCCCAAAUUGCAAUAUUUAAACACGGAUAUACAUAACCUGGAGACCCGGGGAGACGAACCAGACCCAAUUUGGACAGUUUCUUUGGAGAAACACGAACUUAAAACUAUAGGAUCUGGGAAGGCACUGCAGAGUAUGCUCUGUGUGGUAAUCACCUAGGAAUCAUGCAUCUUAUCUUGUGGGCUGUCAACACAAGAUAGCCACAGCUGAAAAACUUGCCUCGCAACCUUCCAGACUCCCCAUAGGAAAUUGGAUCUUAUGACUUAAUUUUUGGAAGACUUGUCCUAAUUCAAAAACUGUUUUCUCAUUGGCUGGGAAGGAACACUGCCUCCUCCUCCCCGCCCCCUCCCCUCAAUUCUGACCAAUGGAGAAGCUUAGAAAGGAAGAACACUCCUAAGGAAAGGAAGCACAGCUUUUGGAAGGAAUUCUGGGAGAAGAGAAACGUUACAUUAAACUGGAUUGGUGGAUUCUCCUUCAGAAGUCAUUGGAUUGGACUAAAAAGAAAGCAUAGCGACCCAUUUCUCUGCUAACAGUGGAUUUGAAAAUAUUGUUGAAUUUUUUUUUCUGGGUUAACUGUUUAAGAAGAUGGCCACAUUUUUUCCAUCUAAGGUCCUGUCCCGUUUGGGUAUCUUCAUGGCCUUUUUGGUGUUUGGGGGAGCAAUGGCGCUAGAAUUCGGGGGUGCCCCAGGACAGUGGGCUAGGUACGCCCGUUGGGAAGCGGGUUCAAUGGGAGAACUCAGUUUCAGCAUCAAAACAAAUGCUUCCAAAGCCCUGGUGCUUUACCUUGACGACGGAGGGAACUGUGAUUUCUUGGAGCUUCUCAUCUCGGAUGGUCGUUUGCAGCUACGCUUCGCCAUCUCCUGCGCGGAGCCCGCUACCGUUCACUUAGACACACCGGUCAGCGAUGACCGCUGGCACAUGGUCCUGCUCACCCGGAACUACCGCGAGACCAUGCUGGUAGUGGACAGCGAGGCUAAGGUGUCCGAAGUGAAGUCCAAGCGGCGGGACAUGUCUGUGGUCAGUGAUCUGUUUGUCGGAGGCAUUCCUCCGGAUGUCAGGCUCUCAGCUCUCACCUCCAGCACUGUCAAAUACGAGCCCCCCUUCCGAGGCCUGAUCGCCAACCUGAAAGUGGGCGAGACUCCCCCCAACUUGCUCAGCAGCCAGGGAAUCCAGAGUGACUUGGAGUAUCUGUGUACCAAGCAGAACCCCUGCCUCAAUGGGGGGCUCUGCUCCAUACACCAUGGGGAAGUUCGUUGUGACUGCAGUCUUACCAGGUACCAGGGGAAGUUCUGCAAUGAAGAAGAGCAUUCGGUGGAAGGUCUGGCGCACCUGAUGUUAAACAGCCAAGGAGACACAUCACAGGCUGGGAAAGAAGAAUCGGUGGCGACCUUCAAGGGCAACGAGUUUUUCUGCUACGACUUGUCCCACAACCCCAUCCAGAGCAGCACGGACGAGAUCACGCUGUCGUUCCGCACGCUGCAGCGCAACGGCCUCAUGCUGCACACGGGCAAGUCGGCCGACUACGUCAACCUGUCCCUGAAGAGUGGAGCGGUGUGGCUGGUCAUCAACCUGGGAUCCGGGGCCUUCGAAGCGCUGGUGGAACCGGUGAACGGCAAGUUCAAUGACAACAACUGGCACGAUGUGCGAGUGACGAGGAACCUGCGCCAGCACGCAGGCAUUGGACACGCUAUGGUGACCAUCUCUGUUGACGGGAUACUGACGACCACAGGGUACACUCAGGAGGAUUACACCAUGCUUGGCUCGGACGAUUUCUUUUACAUUGGGGGGAGUCCCAACACAGCUGACCUCCCUGGAUCUCCAGUUAGCAAUAACUUCAUGGGCUGUCUCAAAGACGUGGUCUACAAGAACAACGACUUUAAACUAGAGCUGUCCCGACUCGCGAAGGAAGGGGACCCCAAAAUGAAGGUCGAGGGGGAUCUGGUGUUCCGCUGCGAGAACGUGGCGGCCCUUGACCCCGUGACCUUCGAGAGCCCCGAAGCGUACAUCGCCCUGCCCAAGUGGAACACCAAGAAGACGGGCUCCAUCUCCUUCGAUUUCAGGACCACGGAGCCCAGCGGUCUCCUGCUGUUCAGCCACGGCAGGCUGCAGGCCCCCAAAGAAAGCCGUGCCGAGCGUUUGCAGAAGGCGGAUUACUUCGCAAUGGAGUUGCUGGACGGCUACCUGUUCCUGCUGUUGGACAUGGGCUCAGGGGCUAUCAAGAUGAGAGCCAGCAGUAAGAAGGUGAAUGAUGGGGAGUGGUGCCAUGUGGACUUCCAAAGAGACGGACGCAAAGGCUCCAUUUCGGUGAACAGCCGUAGCACCCCAUUCCUGGCGGGGGGGGACAGUGAGAUCCUCGACCUGGACAGUGAGAUGUACCUGGGGGGUCUCCCGGAGAGCCGAGCGGAGCUCAUCCUGCCCCCAGAAGUGUGGACUGCCUUCCUCAACUACGGCUACGUGGGCUGUGUGCGGGACCUCUUCAUCGACGGGAAGAGCCGGGACGUGCGCGGCCUGGCUGAGGUGCAGAGCGUGCGCGGGGUCAGCAGCUUCUGCUCUCGCGAGACGCACAAGCAGUGCGGAGCCAACCCCUGCCACAACACGGGCCACUGCAGGGAGGGAUGGAACCGCUACAUCUGUGACUGUGUGGGGACCGGCUACCUGGGGAAGAACUGCGAGAGAGAAGCUACAGUGCUGAGUUAUGAUGGGAGCAUGUAUCUCAAAAUCAUGAUGCCACUGGUGAUGCACACAGAAGCAGAGGACGUCUCCCUGCGCUUCAUGUCCCAGAGAGCCUAUGGGCUGCUCAUGGCUACCACUUCCAAGGAAUCGGCUGACACCCUUCGCCUGGAGCUGGACGGUGGGAGGGUCAAGCUGACCGUCAACCUAGACUGUAUCAGGAUAGACUGUAACCUCAGUAAAGGCCCUGAGACUCUGUUUGCAGGACAGAAGCUGAACGACAAUGAGUGGCAUGCUGUGAGAGUGGUGCGCAGGGGGAAGAGCCUGCAGCUCUCAGUGGAUAACGUCACGGUGGAAGGGCAAAUGGCGGGUGCCCACACUCGUCUAGAGUUCCACAACAUUGAGACUGGCAUCAUGACCGAGCGGCGAUUCAUCUCCGUGGUGCCCUCCAACUUUAUCGGGCACCUACAAAGCCUCUCCUUCAAUGCUCUGCCCUAUCUAGACCUGUGCAAGAACGGAGACAUCAGCUACUGUGAGCUGAAUGCCAGGUUCGGCAUGCGCAGUAUCAUAGCAGAUCCGGUCACCUUCCGGUCUAAAGGGAGCUACCUAGCUCUGGCUACUUUGCAGGCUUAUGCCUCUAUGCACCUUUUCUUCCAGUUCAAAACCACCGCCACGGAUGGACUGCUGCUGUUCAACAGUGGAGAUGGCAGCGAUUUCAUUGUGGUGGAGCUUGUUAAGGGGUAUAUCCACUAUGUCUUUGACCUGGGUAACGGCCCUUCUUUAAUGAAGGGGAAUUCGGACAAGCCCCUCAAUGAUAACCAGUGGCACAACGUGGUGGUGUCCCGGGACGCUAGCAAUGUGCACACACUCAAAAUCGACUCCCGCAUCGUCACCCAGCACUCCAAUGGAGCACGCAACCUGGACCUGAAAGGAGAGCUGUACAUUGGUGGUGUCAGUAAGGGGAUGUACAACAAACUACCGAAACUGAUCGCGUCCCGGGACGGCUUCCAGGGAUGCCUGGCAUCGAUGGACCUCAACGGGAGACUCCCCGACCUCAUUGCAGAUGCCCUCCAUCGCGUGGGGCAGGUCGAGCGGGGCUGUGAGGGUCCCAGCACCACUUGCACUGAGGAUUCAUGUGCCAACCAAGGGGUGUGUCUGCAGCAGUGGGACGGGUACACAUGUGACUGCAGUAUGACAUCAUACGGGGGACCAGUCUGCAAUGACCCCGGUACCACCUACAUUUUCGGGAAAGGAGGUGCCCUCAUUACCUACACCUGGCCUCCUAAUGACCGGCCCAGCACGCGAGCAGACCGCCUGGCUGUGGGGUUCAGCACGCAGCUCAAAGAUGCCAUCCUGGUUCGGGUGGAGAGUGCAUCUGGACUGGGAGACUACCUGCAGCUUCACAUAGAAGAGGGAAGGAUCGGAGUGAUUUUCAACGUGGGCACCGAUGACAUCACCAUCGACGAGAACGCAGUCGCGGUGAACGACGGCAAAUACCACGUGGUGCGGUUCACGCGAAGCGGAGGCAAUGCCACGCUACAGGUGGACAACCAGCCAGUCAUUGAGAGAUACCCAUCUGGAAACUUUGAUAGCGAGCGGCUGGCUAUUGCUAGACAAAGAAUUCCAUACAGACUUGGUCGGGUAGUUGAUGAAUGGCUACUCGACAAAGGACGGCAGCUGACCAUCUUUAACAGCCAGGCUGCGAUUAACAUUGGGGGUCAGGAAAGGGGUCGCCCCUUCCAAGGUCAGAUCUCGGGGCUCUACUACAAUGGCCUGCAGGUCCUCAAGCUGGCCGCGGAGGGGGACCCCAACGUGCGGGCCGAGGGGAACCUGCGGCUGGUCGGGGAGGUGCCCUCAGUCCUGACCACCGACACCACAUCCACCACCCCGCUGGCUGACAUGUCCACCACAAUCAUGGAGACCACAACGACCAUGGCCACGACCACCACCAGGAGGCAGCGUUCGCCCACCAUGAGGGACAGCAUCGCUCAGGUGAGCAGGGAUAGUCUGGAUCAGAAUACCGAUGAUCUGCUUGUUGCUUCGGCAGAAUGCCCCAGCGACGAUGAAGAUUUAGAGGAGUGUGAGCCUGGAACUGGAGGUGAAUUAGUGUUGCCCAUAAUUACAGAAGAUUCCUUAGACCCCCCUUCAAUCGCCACCCGCUACCCCGUCAUCCCCGCUCCCCCUACUUACCGUCCAUUCCUAACCCUCCUCGAGACCACCAAAGAAUCCCUCACCCUCCCCUCCGCCAACCAGCGCCCCCCCUGCCCCCUUGACCAGGAAGAUAACGAUUGCGAGGAUGCCAUCGAAGUCUCGGGCUACGGCUCUGGGGAGGUCUUUGACUCCAGUUUGCCCCCGACCGACGAUGAGGAUUUUUACAAAACUUUUCCCUUGGUCACAGACAGGACCUUGUUACCUCCGCCGGCAGUCAACGGGGGGGCCGAAGGCAAAAUCUCCCGGGACCGCCACUUUUCCAAGCCCAAUUCCAAGUCCUCCACCGCCACCACUUCCAACUCCCCUCCCGAAAACCAGGGCCCUGCACAGGGGGCCAGCCCCGACCUUCUCCUGCGUAAAACUAAAAACAGCAUCCCCGCCGGCAAAAUGAACACCCGCGAUCAAGUCCUCUUGCUCCCCAUGCCCACUUCCUAUGACCUUGAUCAUAACGGUAGACACAGACACCAGCCCGAUAUAACCUAUCCCCCCAAUUUCCACAAUCUGCCUACAGCCAAUCCCACGGGCCCCGGAGAAAGGGGUCCCCCAGGAGCCGUGGAGGUGAUCCGGGAAUCCAGCAGCACCACCGGGAUGGUGGUGGGAAUAGUGGCCGCAGCGGCGCUCUGCAUCCUCAUCCUCCUCUACGCCAUGUAUAAGUACCGCAACCGCGACGAAGGCUCUUACCAGGUGGACCAAAGCCGCAAUUACAUCAGCAACUCUGCGACGCAAAGCAACGGUGCCGUGGUGAAGGAGAAGCAGCCCGGCGUUGCCAAGACAACGGGAAAGAACAAGAAGGACAAAGAUAAAGAGUAUUACGUCUGAGAGAGAGAGAAAGAGAGAGAGAGAGAGGGGGGAAGAGAGAAUGGAACGUGAGAAUUCUGUAUCACACUACCGAAAACACUCGGUCAUAUGUUCCGCAACACAAAAUCCCCUGCCCUCCAAUCCCAUCCCUUCCCUUGUCCUUACAAGAACAGGAGUUGAAGGAAAGAAAAUUGUGGAUCACUAUACAUUCAAAGACCCUUCAUCUCCCCUGCUUUCUUUCUUUCUUCCCCACACCUCUUCCUUUUCCUCUCUCUAAUCCUUUUUGUUUCAGUGAUUAUAUUAUAUUAUUUAUGUAUUUAUUUAUUUAUGUCUGACUGGGCCAUUCUCAAACGUGCCAACACUUAUUUAAAAGAGGGGGAAAAAAAGACUUUUAAGAACAUGAAAAGAGAAAUGAAAAAGGGAUCAGAAGCAAUGCAAAACGGUGUUUGGUUUUUAAAAACAAUAAAUCAUAAAAGGACAGACAUCCUCUUCCAAAAGUCUUGGGGAGAGAGUAAUUAUGGACGAAUCGAAGAAAUGACUUUGUUUGUGCCAAGCUGAAAUGAACAGACACAGACUCGGCAAACGUGAUAGACGACAACAAAAAACAGAGGAAAAUGUAGUUUGGUUUUGUACUGGGGGUCUUGCUUGUCGGUGGCACUCUAAGACACAAACAGAAACGUGCAGACGGUACAGACUGGAUUGCCAAGACCUAAAAAAAAAAUUAAAACAAAAUAAAACAGUGGACCUUUUGCUUGCUAAACCAAUGCAGCUGCCAGUUGCACUCCAGACCUGAUACAAACUCUGCCUUCAAAUUUGUGUCUCUUCAGUCACGCUCUCUCUCUCUCUCUCUCUCUCUCUCUCUCUCUCGGUUAAGGUGCUAAUGCAACAUUUUUUCUGCUGUGUUUCAAGCAUGUAGUAUUCAUGUACAAAGAAAUGUAAUCGUUUCAGUGGAGAAAAAAAACAGCUACAUCAGCCAUUCAGAACCCAGUGGGUUUUUUUUUCUUCUUUUUUGGUUCAUUCCUAACUUGGGACUUCAUAUGCAGUAGGUCGUAACCAGCAAAUGAAGGAGAUGUUCUGUGCAACAUGAAAAAAAAGACUUAAAUAUAUAAAUAUAUAUAUGUAUAGACCUUUCAGAGUCCUACAGACCAGCUAGAAGCUUAUAAAAAAAUGUGUGUUUGUUUGUGUGAUUUAAUGGGAAAAAAAGACUGCAAAAAGUGGAUAGCCAUCUUUCUGAAAACAACAACAGGAAAAAGAACAAGAUUUUGUUAAAUCCUGAAUUUUUUUUUUUCUAAGGAAAAAUGUGUCUUCAUUAAAAUCAACAGUUUUAUUCUUAAGCGAAGAUGGACUGAAAUGGAACGCAGAACAAUACCGAAAUAAAAAAAAAACUGGUCCCUUUUGGGAGGAAAAAAAGACUCCAGUAUUCAAAUGUUCUUGACUCCAUUAUGAACUGUUAACAUGAAAAAAAAAAUCUAAAAAAAAAAAAAAAAAAGUUUGUGAAUCUCAUCCCAUUAUUAAGAACGGUGUGUUUUCCCUGUUUACGUUCCUGUUAGAAAAAAUAAAAAUAUAAAAACGUACAGAAAGAAAUGACAGGAAUUGUUACAAUUUGUACAUGACUGGUUGUUGCUGUCUCUCUUGUUUAAAACCAAAUAGCUACCUUUUAUGAUUUCUAGUGUGUAUCAAAAUAUUUUCAGUUUCCUUUCAAAUAAUGCAAAACUAGAGGAGUGCUGGUUGUAAACACAGCCGUGAAAACUUACAACAGGGGGUCAGAAUUCCUGUUUUUUUAUUAUUAUUUUUUUGUAUCAAAACUUCUCUCCCUUUUAGGUGGGUAGCUGUGUUAUUUUAUUUAUCUAAUUUUAUUUUGUUAUCUUCGAAAAAUUGGGUUCUAUAGGCUACUCCCAGUAUCUUCCUGUUCUAUUCAAUGUUAUUGUAAGUGUCAGCAGUGAGAUGAAUCUACAUGUGUGUACAUUAACAGAGGGAAAUACAAUUGGUUAUAUACUUCUUA